GUCCUUUCUGAGACCACUGAACCAACAGCAUACCACUGGGCCUGUUUCAUUGUAUCCUGCAACAUCUUUCACUGAAAGUAGAGCAAACAGCCAGAAAGGUAUCACCAUUCUUCAGAGAUGAACGGAGUAGUUAACGAGUACCUGAGCAUGUGCAUCGAGCCUAAACAUAACGGUUUGUGCAGAGAAGAGAAGGACUCCAAGGAUGCUGCAGAUGCAGACAAGCUGUCCUGCAUUGAGAACGCUUAUACCACCAUACUGAGUGAGCUGGGAGAGGACGUCGACCGGGAGGGACUUCUACGUACACCACUACGUGCAGCCAAAGCCAUGCAGUUCCUCACUAAAGGCUACAAAGAAACAACCCAGGAUAUCUUGAAUGACGCAAUCUUUGAUGAAAACCAUGAAGAGAUGGUGAUUGUCAAGGACAUUGAUUUGUUCUCUCUGUGUGAACAUCACCUGGUGCCUUUCUUUGGCAAGGCUCACAUAGCAUACCUCCCAAACAAGAAAGUGGUUGGUCUUAGCAAGCUUGCAAGAAUUGUUGAGAUCUACAGCAGGAGGCUUCAAGUUCAGGAGCGUCUAACCAAACAGAUUGCUUCAGCCAUCUCUGAAGUGUUGGAGCCUGCUGGAGUAGCAGUGGUGAUUGAGGCUGUCCACAUGUGCAUGGUGAUGAGAGGUGUGCAGAAGAUGAAUGCCAGUACAGUUACAAGUGUCAUGCUGGGAACAUUUCAUGACGAUCCCGAUACCAGGAAGGAGUUCCUCGCUCUUACAAUGAGGAAGUGAAAAGUUUUCACCUCAACAAACGGUCAAACAGAGGGAAUUCUACUGUGCUUUAACCACUUACAUGUUUUUUGAGUUCUCCGUGUGUAUCUGUCAGUUUUAUUUUCAGACUUCUUACUUGAGCUGAUAUCUUUGUUUGUGUUAAGCUCUGUGAGGCAGCUGAAAUAUCAGACACAUGAAAUGUCCCACCAAAAAACACUGGAAUAUGAAAUUGAUAACUGAUGGUAAUAUUGAAUUAAUGUAAUGGCUACAAUGUGCUCCACAUUGUAUACAUGUGCAGAUAUUAUGAAAAUAAAGAUUAAGCUGAUUCUUA